AUGAGCGAGGAGCGACAUUCGACUUCGUCUUGGGACAACGCUGAUUCCGACACUCAUCACUCCUCACAUCACCACAGCAGUUCCUACGGUCGGACACCGCAUGGCCAUGCAGUCGGUUCGCUCGAGUCUUUGGACGUAAACGGUGCUGCGCCGCCGACGCCGACAAAAUCAAGCCCACCUCGGUCCAGCGGGGAAUCGCAUGCAAGGCCGUCUACUUCCAAAUGGCGCGACAGUACACUGCAUGCGACUACGGAAGUUGCGGACACCUCAACCUUGGCUAGUGCACUACUGGAGCCGAGCUUCGAUGAGAGUAUAUUGAGGGCGCUCUGCGACAUGGAUUGUGGAAUUCAAUUACUACUUGACCGAAUUAAGCAGAGCAUGGUGUCCUGUCGAGAAGCUGCCGCAUUCUUCAAGAAACGUGCGCUCCUGGAAGAAGAGUAUGGCCGUAAUAUGCUUAAAUUGGCAAAAACUACAUCCGAUGCCUAUUCUAUGAACGAAGGAAAGGCCGGAACAUAUGUCGCUGCAUGGCAGUCAGCUAUGAAGACUCAUGAGCACAUCGCUGACAAUCGAAUACGUUUUGCACAACGGCUACAUGAGAUGAGCCAGGAGUUGACGACCCUCGCAAAAGAGGUGGACUCAAACAGGAAGAAUGUGAAAGAACUCUCCAAUAAAUACGAGAAAGUUCUGCAAGAACAUGAAACUGCGGUGGAGAAAUACAAGAGCCGAGUAGAUACCACAGCAGAAGAGCUCGAGCGCCUUCUGUUACAGAAGGAGGGUGAGCCAUACAGAGACACGCCGGUGCAAGGUAGGACGCCUGUUGGCGUCAGUGGAGGUGGAAAGAGAGCCAUCGGGAAAGCCGUGGCGAAGGGCGGCCUGCUCCUUAAAGGGAGGAAUCCAGGAAAUCUUCAAAGGCAGGAGGAUGACAUACGCGCCCGCAUGUCCAAGGAGUCGGACACUUAUCGGAAGUCAGUCAUGGACGCGCAGGUUAUUCGACAAGAGUACUUCAACUUCCAGUACCCACGCCUGUUAAGAUCCCUCAAAGAAUACGUAGACGAACUUGAUCUCGGGACACAGUAUCAUCUAUCUCGUUAUGCCUUCCUUUGUGAGAGCAUAGUAAUGAGUGAUGGAACAACGUUGACUGCGGUCGACGAUAACGGUGCACCUGGUCUCAAGGGAGCGCUUGACUCCAUUGACAAUCGCACCGAUUUCAAGACAUACAUGCAGAACUACGCAUUUGCGCAUGGAGGCUCCAACGCCAAAGGCCCGCGCCGGGACGGCCCGCGCGACGAAGGCUUCCUUCCGCCGAUCGCAGCAGUUGGACCGCAUGCAACAAGCUCGCCGAGUAUGGCACAUCCCCAGAUUACUGACAAGGGCCGGCCAACGUUUGGCGUCGACCUGGCGGAGCAGAUGGCGCGGGACGAUGUAGAGGUGCCACCUAUCAUGACAAAGUGCUGCGAGGCCAUCGAGAAGUAUGGUUUGGAAACUACGGGCGUGUAUAGGAUAGGCGGGACGAUGAGCAGGGUUGCGAAGUUGAAAGAGCGGCUGGACCGAGCAGAUCUGGAUUCUGUGAACCUUGAUGCGGAGGAGUGGUCCUCGGACAUCAGCAAUGUCACGAGUGUGCUCAAGUUGUGGCUGCGGGAACUACCAGACCCCUUGCUUACGUCUAGCUUGCAUCAUGCCUUUCUCGAAGCGGCAAGAAACGAGAACGAGCGAUUACGGCAGAUACGCCUGCAUGAACGAGUGAAUGACCUCCCGGACCCGAACUACUCCACCCUGAAGUACCUCAUGGGACACCUCCACAAGGUUGUCCAGCAUGAAGACGAAAACGCGAUGUCAAUUCAGAACUUAGCUAUCGUCUUCGGGCCAACAUUAUUCGGCCAAAGGGCGCCAGACUUGAAUGGGCAAAUCAACGGCAUGGCUGACGCAUCUCUACAGAACAAGGCUAUUGAGUCGAUCCUGGAACAUUAUACCGACAUCUUCGUAGACGAGAAUGAGAACGAGGCGAAGGUUAUCUAA